AUCGCAUCGAUCGGGCAGGCAUUAAUUGUACAGCUUUAUUAGCUCCUGCUUCUGCUUCUGCUUCUGCUUCUUCUUAGCUGGAGACUAGAGAAAGAAGAAGACACAGUGAUCAUCGGCAUAGAUAGUAAGUAGAAGAAGAGCUAGCAGGAAGAAGCAGCAGCUAGCUAGCUGACCCAACGAAAUGACGAUGAGAGAUGAGAUCGUCUUCUUCGACGUGGAGACGACGGCUCCGUCGGCGGCCGGGCCCGGUCGGUGGUGGCUGCUGGAGUUCGGCGCCAUCCUGGUGUGCCCCAGGAAGCUGGUGGAGGUAGGCAGCUACGACACCCUCAUCCGCCCGGGCGACCUCUCCGCCGUCUCCAGGCGAUUCACGGACGACGUGGAGGCGGCCAUAAUGGCGUCGGCGCCGCCCUUCAAGGACGUGGCCGACAAGAUAUUCGACAUCCUGGACGGCCGCGUUUGGGCUGGGCACAACAUCCAGCGUUUCGACUGCCCCCGCAUCCGCGAGGCCUUCGCCGACAUCGGGCGCCCCGCCCCGGAGCCCGUCGGCGUCAUCGACUCCCUCAACGUCCUGGCCGCACACUUCGGCCGCCGCGCCGGAGACCUCAAGAUGGCCACCCUCGCGACCUACUUCGGCAUCGGGAAGCAGAAGCACAGGGGCCUGGACGACGCGCGCAUGAACCUCGAGGUGCUCAAGCACUGCGCCACCGUCCUGCUGCUGGAGUCCAGCCUGCCGGACGUCCUCUGCGCGCAGCAGUCUCGCCGAGCCGCGGUCACCAGGAGGACGUCGCAGGCGCAGACCAUCAAGCCGCCACCUAAACAUGCUGUGCACCACCACCUGCGGCCCGGCGGCGUCGUCAUGUCGCAGACAAAGCUACCAUUUACCGCUGUAACAGCUACACCUGCACCUGCGGCCGCCACCCCCUGCGGCAAGAGGAAUAGCCUGGGCAAGGUGGUGGCGAGGGCCGUGACGGCGGCGACCACUGCCCCAUUGAGUAGCAGUAGCAGCACAAGCACAAACACUAGGCGCCCCGUGACGGCGACCACGCCCUUCCACAUGAUCCUCAGGCACUCCAGGGCCAUCCUCAGAUGAUGAUCCAUGUUUCAUUCAUUCAUUCUUUCUUUGGAUGAUCCAUGAUCGGAUUUCGUUCCAUUCAAUUCAAUUGUACAGUUCCAUCGAUUUGAAUC